AAGUCCUUUGCAAUAUCGGGGCGAGUUUACGCGAUAUUUACGCGAGCUUUGUUAAUAGAACAAAUUUAAGUUCCUGGUGCUGAUGGAUCGAUUUUAACAUCUUUAUAAUCGUCGAACUUUCUCUCGCGGAUGCAAACAAUGUAAUAUAGGAUUGGUCGAUAAAAUUCAUCGAAAAUCGGUAAAGUGUAGAGCAGUGGUACAGGUGUUACUGUGUGGAACUUGAUUGUAAACUAGUAAGAGUAUGUGUAGAUAGUUGAAAAUAACUUUUUUUAAUAAAAUGGGUAGUGUUGAUACCGCUGUUAAAAAGUACUCCGAAAAUGGUUGCAUUGAGCUGAUGAAUGAUAACAACGAGGAGGAAUAUGGGCAAAAUCUUAAAAUUCUACCGACGAACGACCAAGUCAACGAAUUGCAAACUAUUUUACGGGACAAGACCACAACGAGAAGUGACUUUAAAUUCUAUGCAGAUCGAUUGAUAAGGUUAGUAAUUGAAGAAAGCUUGAAUCAACUACCUUUCACAAAAUGUGUUAUUACAACUCCAACUGGUGCAAAGUACAAGGGGCUAAAAUACCAAAAAGGUAACUGUGGUGUUUCCAUUGUCAGAAGCGGAGAAGCAAUGGAACAGGGUCUAAGAGAUUGUUGUCGCAGUAUACGAAUUGGUAAAAUUUUAGUUGAGAGUAAUGUUGACACACACGAAGCAAAAGUUGUUUACGCCAAAUUUCCAGAUGACAUUGCAGAGAGAAAAGUUCUCUUGAUGUACCCAAUAAUGAGUACUGGAAAUACUGUAAUAAAAGCAAUAGCUGUAUUAAAAGAACAUAAUGUGUCAGAAGAAAAUAUUAUAUUAUCCAAUUUAUUUUGUACACCUUUUGCAGCCAAAACUCUAGUCAAUGCAUUUCCCAAGAUGAAAAUUUUAACGUCAGAGAUUCAUUCAGUGGCACCAAAUCAUUUUGGACAAAAAUAUUUUGGCUGUACAGAACGUGGUGUAACGAAGAAAUUGAUAGUAGACUGACAUUUUCAUCCGACAAAGAAAUAUACUAAGAUACGGAAGACAAAUAUAUAAUGUUGAAAUUAAUACUUAAUAAAUCAAGCAUUCCUAAAAUAUUUUCAAUGAA